ACCUCGCGGACACCGGCCUUGCUGCUCGCGCCGGAGAAAACAAACUGCGUGGAUGCGCCGCGCUCUCAAAGCAUGCGGCUUCAAGCAGUCUUCACGCGUGUGGACUUGCUUUCUUCGGUGUCGGAGUACAUUUAUCAGCAAUAAAGGUUGGUGUGUGAGUGUGUGACCAGCAUGUCAAAGAGCACUCCUCACAGGCGUGGGAUCACGUUCGAGGUGGGAGCGCAGCUGGAGGCCAGGGACAGUCUGAAGAACUGGUAUGCAGCUAGCAUUGAGAAGAUCGACUAUGAAGACGAGAAGGUUUUGAUUCACUACAGGCAGUGGAGUCACCGUUAUGAUGAAUGGUUUGACUGGAGCAGUCCGUACCUCAGACCUGUGGAACGAAUCCAGCUGAGGAAACAAGGUCUCCGUGAACGGCAGAGCGCUCCAGGCUUUCAUGUCAACCAGAAAGUUCUUGCCAGCUGGUCAGACUGUCGGUACUACCCUGCUAAGAUCAUGUCCCGGGAUAAAGAUGGUUUCUACACAGUGAAGUUUUUUGAUGGAGUCAUAAAGACAGUGAAGGGGAUUAAGGUGAAGCCGUUCCGCAAACAGAGCUCUGAUGGCAAGACCAAUCAGCAGACUCAAAAGCGGGGCGAUCAGAAUGGGAAAAAAUGGAAGGCCAAGGAGAAUGGCAGCAGCAGAAGUAACGGCUCGAGACACAGCAUGUCUGACCAGGAUGGGGAGAGCGAAUCGGAGGAGGAUGAAGAAGACGCCACAGUGAUUGAUGAGUCCAGAAAUCUCCAGAACGGUGGAGAGAGCGAAAGCACAGCAGCUCAGAUAUUGAACGAGUCAGAGCCGAGUUCUGCGGAGCACAACGAAAAACAGCCCAGUGAAGAAAACAAGACAGAACCGCUUGAGAAUGGAGAAGCGAACAAACCAGAGGAGAAAGAGAUGAAUGGAGGACAGGAGGAGUCCCAAGCACUUCAAAAUGGCGUUGACGGGAACGACGGAGACCAGAAAGAGAAGGAAGACGCAACAGAUGAAAGCCCCAGUCUGCCCAGAAGGACACGGAGUAAGGUGGCAGAUGGAAAGGAUGUGGAAAAGUCCAACGGUCCAGAACUGAGGAAGAGACGUGCAUCAACAGGACAGAUACCACCGACCAAAAGGAGCAGAGCCAAUUCAAGCACAGACAGAAACAGUCGAUCCCAAAUCAAACCGGACUCCGUCCCGGAGACUUCAGAAAGUAAGGAUGGCUCAACCAGUCCUGCAGAAAAUGCAGCACCCAAAGAGGAGGCAGGAUCCACACCUGAUCUCGCUGCAGCAGUCAAACAGCCGCAAACAAUCCACCUUCCAACCACAAACAAGUAUAGCAGAGAACCAUUGUACAGGGUCAUCAAAAACCAGCCGCCCCCUAUCCUGUCCAUUGAGCUGGACCACAACCCGUUCAAAUGCAAGAUCGCAGGCUGCCUCAAGUCUUUCCGCAAGGCAUCUCUGCUGCACUACCACAUGAAGUACUAUCACGCACAGAGCGACCCAAGCCCCCCUCGCUGCGUCCAGACGCGCUCCUCAGACAAACAGAACAGCCAGGAGACCCCUCGCAGGCGCCGGACCGUCUCGUCUUCCCACCAUACUCCCUCUCCUCUGAGUGACAGUAAGUCAGGUCACGCUCUGUCGCCCCCUGCGGUUGGCAGCAUGCACCGGCAGCGCUCGGCCACGCUGGGCGCAGAGAGGAGCAAAGAAAAUCAACACUUCAACCGCUCGCUGCAUGACGACAGAGACUGGGUUGCCAAGGAAACAGGAGUGAAAGAACGGGAGAGGCUGAGGGAGAAGCGGCAGAGGGAUUUCUUCCGCAUCAAACUGAAGAAAAAGAAGAAGAAAAGGAAGUUGAAGUCAGACUGUUACAGCACUGAGGAGAGCAUUGGCCUAAAGCCUCUCCCCUGCAAUCUGAAUUCGGCCCACAAAUUGCCCCUCUCCCUCACACACCGAUCCUACAUGGGACACUGCCCCGAAAAGAUGCUCAGCCAGGGUGAAGACAGCAGCAGUGAUUUGUCUUCAGACAGUCCUGUAUGGAGUGAGGAUGAGUCUGACGCUGAGCUGGAUCUGAACAUGCCCCUCUCAGAGCAGGGUGUGGAAACGGUCACUCACGGCUCUGAGAUCGUACGCUGUAUUUGUGAAGUGCAGGAGGAGAACGACUUCAUGAUACAGUGUGACGAGUGUUUGUGCUGGCAGCAUGGGACGUGUAUGGGACUGUAUGAGGACAGUGUUCCAGACAGCUACAGCUGCUACAUCUGCAGAGACCCACCAGCCCAGAGGCAGAGUCAAAGGUACUGGUAUGAUAAAGACUGGCUGAGCAGCGGUCACAUGUAUGGCUUGUCUUUCCUGGAGGAGAACUACUCCCACCAGAACAGUAAGAAAGUGGCAACUGCCCAUCAGCUCCUGGGGGACGUCCACCGUGUGUUUGAGGUCCUGAAUGGCCUUCAGCUGAAGAUGAGCAUCUUACAGACACAAGCCCAUCCAGACCUGAAGUUCUGGCGGCAGCCCUGGAAGUCUGCAGACGGCCUACGGAGGAAGACUGCAGGUGACUCGGGCAUUGCAACUCCCUUCCCCUCCUCACCCCCUGAAAUGGGAGCAAAUGAGUUUGAGACAUUGAAGAGCGAAGUCCCAUCGCCUGUGGAGACUCAUUGCUCUUUCCAGGACUCGUACAUUAGCAGUGAGCACUGCUACCAGAAGCCCUGUACGUACUACCCGGCGAUGGAGAGAAGACUUGUGGUGGAGACACGGUGCGGUUCUGAGCUGGAGGACAGUCUUAGGAGCACCGAAGACCUACUAGAGAUGGCCGAGCAGAGGUACGGCACACAGCUGGACCACGAACAGCACAAGCUUCAGCUAGCUGACCGCUCCUUUAGUAAGGAGCUGGAGUGCCGUAUGAAACGACUGGUUUCCGCAGAGCAGGAAAAGAGUUGUGUGGUAGAAAUCAAGGAAGAGGAGCCUGACCCUGUGACCCCUGACCCAAAGCCUGACCCUGACCUUGUGCUGCACCAGCAGUGGCAGCUGAACCUGCUGGAGCACAUUGAAGCAGUGCAGGACGAGGUGACGCACAGAAUGGACCUUAUCGAGCAAGAACUAGACGUGCUGGAGAGUUGGCUAGACUACACAGGUGAACUGGAACCUCCAGAUCCUCUUGCGCGCCUCCCUCAACUGAAACAUCGCAUGAGACAGCUCCUGACUGACCUGGGAACAGUCCAGCAGAUCGCACUCUGCUCCUCAUCCUCUUGAGGGCAUCAGAGAACAUGCAAACAGUUCACACUCAAAUGAAUGCACACAGUUCCUUAAAACUGCUGAAAUACUUACAUGUGUUUUGAGAGGAAACCCCUAUAUGAUUCAAGCUAAUGUCAGUGUGACGGUUUCUGUGGCACAUGCGUGUUGGAUUGAUGGGUCUAGUCAGCAGUUUAACAGUAGUCACCGGUUAGAAAAGACUGAUGGAAAUUGAGGCUAACGAUACCUGAUGCAAACAACAGGUUUUUUUUUUUUUGUGUGGAAUAUAAUGCUUCAUUGUAGCACUUAGCUAUGUCUAUCAUAGACUUAGGAGGUAUUUUGUUAUUGUUUUUUUCCAUGUAAUUUUCACUGUAUUAUUCACAUGCUAAAUAAUUGUUUUAUGUUAAUUCAUAAGUGUUUAAUAAGUGAUCAUUGUGGA